AUGCGCUGGGACAUAGUGUUCGCCAACGACCUGUCGAGGGUCACUCGGCGGCGUGGCGCGGCCUCCAAGCACAUCCUUGACUGGGGCGACGAGUGUAUCAACGUCCUGAAUGACUUGUAUGGCCACCAGGACCGGCCAGCGGUCCCCGCCAACGCCGCCCAGCGGCAUGCAGUGGACCACGUCGAGUCUCAAGUACGUGCGCUUGGCAAGCCCCCACCCGAGGCAAGUUUUCGCGAGGGGGCCCUACGUGAGCUCCUCGCGGGGACGGGGAUCUACCAGACGGGUGAUCUCUCUUCCCGACGGCCGUAUGUCAAGGAAUCCAUAUCCUGGCCCUCGCCCGACUUGCAGCCAGUUCCACUGACCGCGUGCCUAGGCGAGGCCGAAUCUGAGUGGCUGGGCCGCUGGCAGAGCACCUUGCUCAGGCCAGAUAAACCUACAGCUGCUGAACGUACUGAGUUCUGCCCUCACGCUCCUUUUUUCGACCCCAGUCUCUUCAGUAAGCCCCUGCUCUACGCCGAUUUUGUCGCCAAGUUGCUGGCUCGCGGCAUGGUGGAGCUGAAGAGGGACUGCGACGCAGCCACCGUCGGCUGCUUCUUCGUCGCGAAGAAGAACAAGAAGCUGAGAGUGAUAUUUGACACGAGGUAUGCUAACCUAUUUGUUGGUCGACCGGCUCGGACUUCGUUGCCGACUGCGACGGCCCUCGCUGCUUUCGAGAACCCUGGGCACGACACUUACCUGGCCUCGGGUGAUAUCGACAAUGCUUUCUACAGACUACGAUUGCCAGACGGACUGUCCUCAUACUUCAGACUGCCCGCCCUGGAUGCCAGUCUGCUCGGGAUCACGCAUCUGGACGGGGUUGUGCUCGCGCGAGGGGCGCGGGUGCAGCCCUGCGUAUGCGUCUUGCCGACGGGCUGGAGCCAUGCGCUGGCCCUCUGUCAGGGCGUGCUCCGACGCGCCAUGGUCACCGCGGGGUUCACCGUGGACCAGUGCGUCGAGGACGGGAAGGCGGGGGUCGUGGUCGACCGGGAGGGCGCCGUGGCGGUCGCCGGCUACGUCGACAACUACGCCGCCCUGGGACGCCCCCCCGCCCUCGUCAACCAGGCCGCCCUUGCCAUCGCACGCGUGCUGACGGAGAAGGGGCUUCUCACUCACGAUGAGGAGCCUGCCGCGCGGGACGCCACUUUCGUAGGGCUAGAGCUGAAGAGAGGGCGACAUCUUUCGAUCAAGGCCAGAAGCAUUUGGAGACUUCGCUUCGGGUUGGACGCUUUGCUCAG